GCAAAAAUGUUUCUGUUUAUUCGACCAACAAAACCAAUUAUCCUUCCCAACAACAUUUUUGAUUUAAAUUUACAACGGAUUCUUCAAAAUAAAAUUUAUGGUAUUCGACAAUUUUCUAGCAAAUCUGAAGUUGCGGAAGUGGACAACAAACAAAUUUAUUUAAAUAAACCUAUUAAAAUUAAUUUGUCUAUUUUUCAAUCGGAAACAGAAAAGGAGCAAAAAGAAAAAUCAGAGGUUGGAUAUCCCUUAUUGAUUAACGAAUGGGAAUCUCUACAGAAGAAAUGGGCUGAUGAAAGAGAUCAAUUCCGUGAACAACUUGAGCAAGAAAAACCGUUAUUGAUAGAGCCUACAGAUUUGCAACGAAAGAUGGUUGUUUGGACGGGAAUGUACUCAAAUUUGUCAGAGGUGCCUGCUAAAUUAAAUUCCUUUCAAGUCAAGCGACAUGGAAAAAGUCUCAUUAGACGUAUUUUGUGUAUGGCUUUCAUCUUUUAUGCCUCACUGUUUUAUAUUUACCGUUGCGACGAAACUGAAAAUAGAUUUUGA